GUCAACUUUAAUCCCUCGACGUUAGCCAACAUUAGACGGUGGCUCUUAUGGCCGAGCCGCUCAGCUGACAGUCAGCCACCAGCUCUUAAUCUGAUAGCUCCUUUAGCUAACAGCGUUAGCCAGCGCUCGCACGCUGUUAUCGUGCAAAAUGAGAAAUUAGAUUGUAAGAUAAGUUAAUGUUGAGCUACUACCGUUGUGUUGAGCCUGGCUACAGUGUGCUUCAGAACGUUGAAAUGAUAUUUAAUGAAGGAUAGACAUUUGGAGAGAAAGGGAUCACACUUCCUGACACUUUUCUGGGUAAAAAUCACAAGAUGUGGACGUACUGUUCGACAGAGCUCUACAAUGUGGACAGAUAAGCAAAGAGGAAUCCGGGUUUCUAAGGAGGAGCUGCUCUGCAAGAAUGCCUGUGGGUUUUAUGGAAACCCUGCAUGGCAAGGCUUCUGCUCCAAGUGCUGGAGAGACCGAGCACAUCCAGCUGGAGCCCCAAGGCAAGACAUAAGGCCCAGCAAUGAUGGAACUCCUCUCACCUUCUUCAAGUUUGAGGAAAAGAAAAACAUAGAGAAAGGUCGCCGAAUCAGUACAAUGAGGAGACUUUUUUGGGGAAGCCCAUCACCUCCAAAGCAAGACACUUCUGAAAGCCACACAAAUAUGUUAAAAGCCUACCAGAGCCUGGAGCCUGGGGACUUCCCUGGUUUCCUAAAGAUCCUUCGGAGCCCUCCCUCCCAGCGCUUGCACUCCCAGUGCAAAGCUUUUCUCAAGACAAUGGAGGCUUACCAUGAUAUCCCAGUACAGAAGCAGUCCGAUCAUGUGCAAGAUUUCUACCAGUCUUUUGCUGAGCAUUUUGAUGGUUUCCCUGACCCACAGAUCACUCAAAUAAUGGAACACCUAGAGAAGUUAAUUAUGACCCAGUUGCAUAAAUGGGUUUUCUGCCAUGACAGCUGCGAUGAUGAACAGAAGGAUCUGAUUCUCCAGAGAAGGAUACGCUCGUUAAACUGGGUCACUCCGCAGAUGUUGAGUGUGCCCUUCCCUGAUGAAAACGACAUAAGUGUCACAAGCGAUCCCUUUCUGCCUGCCAUAACAGCUAUUAUUGAAAUGGAUGCCAAAAGAGCCCCGCAGGACAAACUUGCGUGUGUUUUCAAAUGUAGUCAGCAUGUCUUCAAAGUGCUCUCCUCCUCAAAUGGUGAACCUGCUGAUGCAGAUGGCUUCUUAUCGGGCUUAAUCUAUGUGGUGCUGAAAGCCAAUCCACCUCGUCUACACUCUAACAUGCAGUAUGUCAUUCGAUUUGGUCUCCCACACAGCCUUAUGGCUGGAGAGAGUGGCUAUUACUUUACAAAUCUGUCUUGUGCCGUGGCCUUUAUUGAAAAGCUCGAUGGACCAGCACUGAAGCUCAGUCCAGAGGAGUUUGAGGGCUACAUGAUGCGUCAGUCUGCUCCCUAUGCAGGUAACAGGAGGCAGCGGGUUGCCAGUGACACACAACACCUGCUGGAAGAGCUAAAUGGCAGGCAGGAGAAGGUGGACCAAGGUAUAGAUGCUCUCAGUGUGCAGCUACAAAAAUGGGUUCAGUCUGUUCAUUCGCAACUGGAUGAUGCAGAGGCACAGUUUGUUGUGGUCCAAAAGAAGAUAACCGCUCAAGGAGAGCUCUCACAUCUAUCUCCAUCCUCAUCUCACAAUGCAUCACAACAAGGGGAGCAUGAAGAGCAGUCAGUGCUAGAGCUUACAGCUGAAAAUGCAGGUCCAACAGAUACAGACUGUUAGCUACAUUAACACCGACCUGGUCCUAUAGUCUUUUUGAUCAAUAGCACUGAUUUAUUUUAUGUGCGAUGCAGAGCACAGAUUUAAAUUUAGUUUGUCAUGUAUUCCAAGUAUAGUCUUAUCUAAUGUACUUGAUAAACCUCCAGUGCCAACUUCCUACCUACAGAAGCUGUGAUUUGUGUCCCUCUUACUCACCUUUUUGCUGGUAUGCAUUCAUUGUUUGCACAGAUCAACUAACCAUGAAGGAAACUUACUGCAUUAGGUAUCACAGUGAAGUAGCUAAUGAUAUUUAUGUAUGUGACCACAAGUACUCAGGGUACGUCAUUUGGGCAUAUCACCAAACUACCACUACAAGGGUGCAGAUCUAAAAUUAUUGUUUUUUCCUAAUAAUUAAUACCAAUGUGUCUUUGUGUCAAAUGCUGUGAAAUGAUUAGAAUAAAAUGCUAAAUGCCAACUGUGGACCACUAAAAGUGAGGGUAUGUUUCAAGUCAUACUUGUUAUUAGUUGUGUGACUGUUCUGAAUGUGUUGACUUCAUUGCCUGUAUGAAGAUGUCCCAAAUGUUGCCGUAUAGAAUGUAUGUGUUGUAUAACUGUUAAAAGUUUUUGACGAUGAUAAUUUGUUCAUGAUUAUUAAAUGUAUGCAGUGUCAAAUUAAAAUUUAUCUGUUAA